AUCUCUUUGUGUUUACGUUCGAUUGGUGCAGUGUGCAGUUGCCGGUCGUCGUGGUUGGGUCGUCCGUUGCGUUGGAGUUCAACCGUAUCAUGUCGAGAAGAUCCGCUCCCGAUAGCCCCUGGCAGAAUGGAAUGCCACCGUUUGGUCUCUGCCAGCAGCAGUUCAAUCCAAUGAUGAAUUGUGGCCCCGUGUGGGCACAGCAUAACCUCCCCUUUAUGGGCGGGAGCAUGGCUCCCGACAUGAGGUUUGGAGGCAACGUUUCCUCUCGUUCGAACUUUAGACGCAACUACGACCAGCCGGACCGCUACAGGCCACGCCAGGGAUUCAACGACCGUUAUGGCAACCGCCAAGGUGCAUACAAUCGUGGGGACCGCAAACGUCCUGGUCCCCCAGACCGUUCUCGAUCACCUGCUCCGAAAAGAACAGCGCGGCGUGAUGGCAACCGAAAGGCAGAUCAGGAUCGGCCAAAGAAGGCAGGUGCAUCUGAAGGAGAGGGUCCUGCAGAGAAUGAGGAGGACACCACUGGCACUCAGAAUGAUGAGCUUUAUGAUCCUGCUGAACCUACCACAGAGGACAUUGCAGACGGGGCCGAAAAUGCUGAAAUGGAAGAGGACGAUUCUGGUGAAGGGGUUCAAGAGGGUGCACAGGAUGGCGAUGGAGAUGGUGAUCAGGAAGCUGAAGGUUCAGAGUCUAAAGAUGAAAGCGGAGGCAUGGAGGCAGAUGCAGGUGCUGAAGAAGGUGGUGGAGAAGAUGGGGCACAGCCUGCAGGCAAAUCACUAGUGAAGUCUGGUGCUAAAGUACCUGCCAAGACAGGGGCCAAGGCAUCUGGAUCUAAGGCUUCCGAACCCAAGUCUCCCACCAAAGGAGCCGAUGGCAAGGGACAAGCCGGAGGUCGGGCACCUGACAAGGCUCGUCAAGAAGGGAUGAGGAAAGGCGGCCAGAAGGAUAAGGGCUGGUGCACAGUUUGCGAGGUGCACUUUGAUGGCAGUUUCCUUGACCACCGAAGAACUGAGGAACACAAGGUGAAGCGGGAUGAGAAGUAUCCGAAGUGUCACCCUUGCAGCAUGGGCUUUAAUAAUCGCAAACAGUACGAGCAACACUGCUCUGGUGACUUUCACCGCAAGAAUGUGGAAAUACUUGAUAAUGAAGUGGAUGAGACAGCUGGUCCUUUGGGUGAGGAGUACCUUGAGGAAGUCCCUGCUUAUUUUUGCACAUUGUGCAAGCUCUUGCUGAAGAUUGAACUGAAAUCUCAUCAUUGCUGCACCCAGGGUCACUACAGGAGGCACAGAGACAUCAAGCGCAAAGAAGAAGCGGCUCUUAAAGCUAAACUUGCAAAAGAGAAGGCUGAAGAUGAGGAGGAUGAUACUAACCAGGUGGCCUACACCAUCACAGAUGAAGUAGGCAGCGACGAUGAAGCCAGGGCAGCCUCUGAUGCCGCAGCGAGCAAGGCUAAUCAGAAAGGUGCAGCUGAAGGAACUAAGGGACCCAAGCAAGCUAAGCCUGCUGACGAGACUCGUGAGGCUUCGCCAGUGAAAGAGGCUUCGGACACCACAAGGGAACGGCCUGAAGCUGAGCAGGAUGCCGAGCAUCCAGGAACUGAGGUCAAGACUGAACCAGCAACGGCAGAGGGUGACGAAUUACAGGGCCAGGAUGCCCUUGAGGAGGAUUGCAAGGAGAACAAAGAGGCGCUUGAGAAUGAGGCUACUUCCACCUUGGAUGAGCUCAAAGAGGGCAACAUUCCUGACACAAAUGGUUGCAAAAGCCUGGAGGAAGACAUGGAAGAGCAAAUGCCUGCUGUGGUUGCCCCUGAUUGCAGCGCAGAUCCGUCUGCCACCAAAGCUGAUCCGCCUGGCGCCAAAGCUGAUCCGCCUGGCGCCAAAGCUGAUCCGCCUGCCGCCAAAGCCAAUCCGCCUGCCACCAAAGCCAAUCCGCCUGCCGCCAAAGCUGCUGCCCCGAAGGCUGCAGCCCCCAAAGUGCCUGCAAAGAGUGUGCCAGCUUCUAAAGCUGCUGCCAUAACACCCAAGGUCGCAGCGGCUGCCACCAGGAUACCUGCUUCAAAGGCAGGCACUGCUGCAGGCUCAGCUGCCGCGACCUCUGCUCCUGCGGCCUCUGCUACUGCAGCAGCUGCACCCGCCAAGAAGCCGCCAACUGCGGCAGGGUCAGCAGCAGCAGCAGGAGGAGGCAGGGGCAGCAUGGUGAGGGGUCGCGGCAGGGGGGCACCCAAAGCAGUGCGGGCACGCAAACGCUAAUGCCCUGCUUUCUUUCUCUGGCGGUCUCCUGGGUGGCAGGCCAUCCGCUCUUCCCCCUUGCCAAGCUCUUUUUCUUUCUUUCUUUCUUUCACUCCCAAUCUCUCUUUUUAGAUCCUUAAAGGCAAAAGGUCAUUUGACUAACACAUCUUGGUUUCCACUCUGUCAUCACUUUACUUUCUUUUUCUUGGCUUCUAUUAAAACUAUCUGAUCCUUGGCCAGCACUUAUUUUGACAACUGUUGUGUCAGCACUCUGCUUAAAUGCAAGUGCCACACUUCAGCAUACUUGAGCUCAGGCUGAAAAAUGUGUGAACUAGAGCAGCUGGCUUGAUUUUAACUACCGUAUAUUCUUGUGUAAAGGCCUCACAUUUUACAUGAAUUUUGAGCCAAAUUUCUUGCGUAAGGCUCACACAUGAGUAAAAAAAGAGAUUUGUAUCUUCCAGGCGUGACAACCUGGAGAAACCUUCGUUUUAGAUUCAUUUGCUGUCUUAUUCUUCGUUACUUGGACGUAGCCUUGGAGCUGCACCAGCUGCAAUCUAUUUCACUGCAAACGCACUGUUACAAGAUAAAGCUGUCCUCGGAUGUUGCGCCGCGUGCGAGGUUCCAUGAUGAAAAAAUACAGGGAAGGUGGCAUGCUUCAGUCGAUAACAGUCGUAUGGAGGUGCAAACUUGAGUGGCCGGAUCGGUGGUAUGCUUUUCAAUCAAUUAACGAUGACAGUAGCUGUCUACAAAAGGCUGCAGCAGUUCUGGCUGCUGCCAUCUUACAUAAUUCGCAUGACGUCGGUGCCCUGAGUAAUGUUGGUGGUGUGCGCCUCGUGUGUAGUACAGAAGUGUGUCAACAGCUGGUGUUAAAAAAAAAAAAAUCACCAGUUCCAACACACAAUGGGGCUAAAGCGUGUACUUAGUGCAGAGGAGACGGAGCCAUGGAAGAAGUUUUGAGUGGAGCAGAAUCGUUUUAGAUAUGGGACAAAUCGUUUAACAAGCAUGUGCUGGGCUGGAAAAGAAAAGAAUUUUAAUAUAAUGCUGUUCCUUUUCGCACAUUCUCAGUGGUUUAAGGAGAAGCAUCGCCUACGUUAUCACCGAUCGGUUGCUUGUGAAUGGUGGGUAAGAAAGGAAUAGAAUUGAGCAAAACGAGUAUUCACAAUAAUGCUUAUUUCGCUGUUUACUAACAUACCCUGGCAAGGUUUUGGCUUUUCUCACAGAAGUAAAGCAGGGAAGAGAGUAUGGUGACCUGCAGCAGUGUGGCAAAACAUGCCUGCACAUUUUCAACAAUUUCUUUUCUCAAGCUAAUUACAAAUUCACAAGUCAGUGUUACCGUAAAUUACAGGGAAUAUUGUGUGUGCACUUGAGGUAUGAUGCACAUUUAUUUUAUUUAAAAGCGUAUAAAGGUCAUGUCUCCUAUGUUGGACCCUUCAGUUUUUUUAUCCUCCCCCUGCAUUGUAAACUGAUAGGACAUAGGACCUGAAGAUUCUGGGUGCUGCAGGCUCACUGCUACCAAGGCGCAUGCAAAACUUUUCAAGUGUGUAUUAUCUUGGAGGUGGACAUGACGGCGGCCCACGUGCCGUGCCAUUUUUACUUUUCCCUUAACUGAAGGGUGAAGGCGGCGAAUUGAGCGACGGUUGUGACGACCAGCGUGGCACGCUUCCAGAACAACACUGUUCGAGGCGCAAGCUCGGCACGUGGUGUUGUUCUGGAAGUUUGCCAUGCAUCUUUAUUUUUCUCUUUUGCAGCCGGCACCAAGGUGCCGGCUCAGAGCGCCGACCAAAGUGCCCCGCGUUGUGGCAUCGUUGGGCGCUACAGGGCUCCCCGCCCAGACGGAACGGCGAUAAAGCAAGUUGGUGAAACCAGUGUCAAAAGGGUCCGUUGGCAGUCCAAGUAGUGCUAGUCCGUUGAAAGCGAAGGGGACUAGCGAAUACCUCCGGUGGCGAGGCUGUGAGUGGUUUGGAUGAAUGGUACAGAGCACGUUUGCACAGAGUGUGAAGGCAGAUGCCUCUGUAGGAGUUGCGGAGGCUAUGUGAAUUGAAAGAGGACCGGGCGUUGUCUGUGGUGAACACGACAUGCCGCAAAUUUGAUCGUCACACUUUUGCAGGUGCGUGAGCCUCACUGGAUUGAGCCUGUUCACUGCUUGUUUGGUCUUGCCCGACUUAUGAUCGUCGCAAGUUGGAGGCUUCUGCAUGUGACCUCGCCCGUGUAUCGACAAGAGGUUCUGGUGCAUGUCAGCCGGAGCUUGGUUAUUACGAUGCGAGUUGGCGAAAAAGCUGCGAGAGCCUGAGCAGCAGCAGCCGAUUCAUCUUGUUUGGUGAGCUCCAAUGCGGGCACGACGCGAAGGUCAGGAAGAGGUGGUGGAUGCGAGACAGCAUGAGUACUUGCGUCUUGGGAUGUUGGUGUCAGUCCAUCUGCCCUAUCCGCGUCGCGCGACGGUUGUUCAUGGCCUGCAACAUCUGACUUGUCGAAGCUGUCGCCAGAGUGGCUCGACGGUAAGUCUGCCGAAGGAGAGGAUGGGCAGCAUAGGGCAAGGACAGAGAUCGCUGCUGCAGCUGCGUCACUCUCACUGGCUUGUAGGUGCCGCGGAGUCGGCACGGGGCAGAUCUCGCGUGCUCACUUCGAAACUCGCUCAGCGGACCGAUUGGGUGGAGGGUUGGUCGAGGGCUGAGUUACAGGUGCGACAUUGGUUGACACAGACCCGAUGGCGUGCGGUACGAAAGCCGGCGAUGGGUCGGCGAUGACACCACUGUCACGUGCCAUCGUUGGUGGUGAGAAAGGUGAUGAAGUGGUUGGUAUGAUUUUCGUGCUGAUACCCUUGACUAGAGCAGGGUGUGUGCACUUGCACAAGAGAGACCCCUGAUGAAACCCUGAGGCUGGGGACUGUGCGCUAGCGCACCUAUUAGUCGACGAGACGGCAUCGUGGCAGGACGAGUGAAGGCUGGCCUGAUGACGGCUUACGAGCACAGGAAGAGACGCGCCUGGUGCUGGCUGUGAGGGCGCUGGUCGAGAUGAGUCGCGUACCGUGUGGUCAACCUCUGGAAGAGGGCGGUAGGCAGCGCCGCAGAAGUUCAGGAUGGACUGCCGCAGUUCGUCGUAGGGGUGCGGGUGAGGUGAUGGAACGCAGAGGUGGAGCUGGAGAUCAAGCGGCAGGACGUCAAGAAGCACCGCGCACUUGAACUCCUGGAUAGUUUUGUAGUUCAGCUCCAGAGCCACCUCGAACUGGGCGAACCAUGCUCGGCGCCAUCGCAGCGGGACCAGAAUGGCGGCAGUGAUGGGUCAAACGGAGGCGCUGGCCAGUUAGCCAUGGCAGCGUGUCGCUCGGUGAAAGGAGUGCUUCACCGGGUCACCACUGUCGGAGGACGUGACUGCGGCCCACAAGCUGUGCCGUUGUUCCUACUUCAACUACGACGAAUAGCGUGGCAAGCUUCCAGAACAAGACUGCGCAUGUCGAGCUUGCGCUUCGAGCAUGCGCUGCGCAUCUUUAUUUUUCUCUUUUGCUGCCGGCACCAAGGUGCCGGCUGAGAGUGCCGACUCUAGCACCCACCCAUGUUACGGGUGGGCACUACAGUCUUAAGUCUUGAACAACUGGGUUCCUUGGAGCACCACCUGAUGGCGCUCUUCUCCGCGACGGCACCGGCUGUGCGGGGGAAAGAAAAAGAACCAGAAAGCUCGCCUUCGUGCAUAGCGAUCAACGCAAGCGUUUCCCGGUAAAGAUUAUGGUUGCAUAAUCAUAUGAAGCAUAUGAAGCAGGGAGUGGUGUCUCUGCACUUUCAUUUGUAAAAGAACCCGCCUAGCAACUGAUUUCAUCUGUGUUGUUGGGACUCCCGAAGAGCGGCAUGAACACGAUGAGUGGCAAUGGGAACAGCAACGUCAAUAUGCACAACGGCAUCUUGCUCAGGCUAGGCAGGAUGCAGCGGUUCCCGGUAAAGAAUGUUCACUUCUUAACGAGGACUAAGCAUUAUGACGAAAAGGCGCUAAAUCCCAGAGGCCCCAGCCUUUUAUAUCCAUAGGAAGAGGAGAUUGCAGCUCUGCAUGUCCGAGUGCGACAGGGGCUGCCCACAUGCCCACAGUUCGGCGGUGAAGCGUCACCGGGGAAGCCGUUGUGACUGAGGGCCGCAGCGCCUUGAUAACGCCCAGUGCGUUCAGAACAAUGUGCAGUGCGUUCAUAACAGCACUGUUAGGUCGCCUGAAGAGCAACGCAAGUACGAUGAGCGACGAAAGGAACGGCGGUGUGCUCAGGCUCGGCAGGACCCAAUUCAAGGCUACAUCACAUUGGUCUAUCGGGUCUAGCACAGCAUCGCUGGCCAACCACCUUCACAACGUAGAUUAAAGCCCACUUUUUUUCCCCUUUUUUUAAUGGUGCGUGAUAGCUGGGACACACCCCUUGUAUAAGAUACAUUGAACAUUGCCUUCAACUUUUAUUGCGAUAGCAAUUAUAUGGACACUCGAAACGGAUCACACCCCUUGUAUAAAAUACAUUGAACAUUGCCUUCAACUUUUAUUGCGAUAGCAAUUAUAUGGACACUCGAAGCGGAUUUAUCCCGUCGCCGUGAGGUUCCGUAUAGAGCAACGGCGAUGAAAUUGUUGCCGCGCGCCGUAUGCUGUAUGUGAGAGUGACAGCGCGCGAGGAACGCGCGCUUUCACGGGGAGCGAACGCACGGCGGAGAGCAAACGCGACUUCUUCCGUCCCGCGAGAGGCUGCGGGGGGGACGGGAGGAAAGGCGAGGCGAGGCAGUGUUUAGCUGCAGCACCAAAUGCGCAUUUGUAUAAAAACGUUGCAAGGCGAGAAGGUGGUAAAGACUUCUGACGCUGCUCGACGAGUGUCCCGUUCUGAUCUCGUCUAAAACCUCCGAGCAGCCCCCAGAGGCACCGGCAACAGUCACCAAAGCGGUGUAGGUUCGACGCCAACGCGGGCGAAACGCCGACGGCGUUGACAACAGUUCUGCGUGUUGCUGGUGCUGCUGCAUGUCCAAGUUUAUACAGCUGAUAAAACUACUAUUCUUACUCCAUAUAGCUCUCUACUAAUUUGCUUGAUGCUUCGCCUUUCGGGUGAAACUGCGACAUUUAUUUUCGAAAUUCACUCGUGAGUGAUUACGCAAAAUAUUCAUUCUGGGUAUGAAGUACGGUGCAUUUGUAACUGUAAAGAAGUGGUUUACUCAUUCUUGUCAUCCACUUUCGAGAAAUUUGACAGAUGGCCAAAAACAACCUUGAGGUGUGUUUCGAAAUCACUGAGAUUGUGCAUGAAAAUACCGGAUGCGGCAGCAACAUGGCAAUGUACUACACAUACUUCCAUAUUUAUCUGCGUUUAAGCAAUGAAAUGGGGUUUUUACCAUAGCAAAGAUGGAGAUAGUGGAGACAUGGAAAUGCAGCUUUUGGCAUCUAAACGUGGUAUUUAAAUUUUAAAUUGUUUUGCAGGUUCAUAACAUAACAGUAUACAAUGAAAACUACCUUGAGUGAUGUCUCGUAGCUGUGUUCGGGUUUCGGGAGGAUAUACCAGCCCUGGCUUGUAAAUGUUUUCGCUGCAUCUUGUACGCAUGAGGCGAAAAUAAAGAUCAUUUGGUUGAGAGAUUGCAAUGCAAAGUGGAGCAGCAUUGAAUUGUGAAUGGGAGCACAGUAAACAUUUUGCUGUGAAAUGUGGCUGAUGCAAAGAAUGGCCUGGAAGGAGAGUGCACACUUGCUCAUAAACGUGAAGCCGGGCAGCGUCGAUACAGUCGUGACAGCAGCAGACCUAGGUCGUGUCAGUUAUGGGUGCAAACUAGUACUGUUAAGGUAACGUGCCCUUCACACACUGUUUUUCAAGGUGUAGUGUGCGAUAGACUCUGGGCUGAGAAAAUUAACGAUCCUAUUCCAAUUCAUUUUGUUCUCGUGCUUUGUUAGUGGUCUGCCUACGUUAUCACCAGGAUUAGUCAGUCAUAAGCACUGGAUAAUUUAAUUGCUACGUUAUACUGGCCCUGGCAUUGGUCGGAUAUGUCUGCAAUGUCGGAGUGAUGUAAGUUUAUGUUGAGUGAGGCAUUUCCCGGUUGAAACAUGUCCAACUUCUUUGUAUGGUCUGUACUUGCGAAUGGUUGCAUGGAACUAAACAGUUCCACGCAAACACUAAUAAAAGCUUUACUUAAACUGAUUCCUAUAGCACGUGGAAUUUGCAUUUUUUAAAAUUGAGUAUUUAGAUCUAAACUUAGGGAUGUGUAUCUUGCACAAGAAUAUACGGUAUAGUAUAUGGUAUCGGAGUGGUAAUAGAUUCAAGACAAUAUUUCUUUUUGUUUGUCAUGUUUACAACCUGGAAGCUGUUGUGCUGUGUUUGUAAACAUUUUAUUUCAGUACACUUGGCGCAGCUGGCAUGCUUUGUUGCAGACAUUGGAACCACAGUCAAUGAAUUUCUGAUUACCAUGCUUUCAUUAAAUAUAUGGAUAUAGCGAAGCUGCGGAAUUGUGUUAAGAUAUUUUCACUAGUACACCUGCAUGUAUGGUCUGUUACCACUUGCAUGUUCUGUCACAGAUGACACUGGAAUUGUCAAAAGUUAGUGAUUUUUGUUGAUGAGUAUCGAUGAAAGCAAACUGUUGUGCAGCAUUGGAGUUUGUGGUCCUUGGUUUUCAUUUAGACUUGGGAUUGUACAUGGGGUUGGAUAUGCCUGACCAACUGCAUGCUUGCACUGUGCACCUUGAGCUGUUCAUACUGCAGUUUAAUUAUUGGUGGUCUGUUCAAACAGCCAUUUUUUUUGUUUGUCCCCUCCCAUCUUCCUUUUUGAGCAUUUUCAUUGGAGACGGUUUCAUAUCAACAUUUAUACAAUUGCCGCACAGUCUUGACCAAAAUAGCUUGUCAAAUAUUCUUCCAUGUGACAUUUUCACUUAAUAUGCUAUCUAGCAUUGUUGACCAUAAUGAAACUUUUUACUUGUGAUUGGGCUUCAAUGACUGCAGUUUAUCCAUACACAAUGGUGUCAGUAGCCCUCAUUGUGUCCAAUUGUGUGAAAAGCACUGCUGCUUUUACAGGGGCGGUUGCAGGUUUCUUGUAAAUAUCACCCACGGAGAACAUAACAUUUGCUUCUUGUAGAAAGCUGCUACACUUUUUCUUUUGCUGAUCAAGCCAAAUAAAGCUUGCUGUAAUGGUCGUGUCA